AUGCCCAAUACUCAAACAAUAUUUAUUGAAGGUGAAAAAGAGAUUGACUCUAAUAUCUACAAUACAAUUAGUGUACUCGAUGCAUUGCCAACUAAAGAGAUAAUUUCAGCACUGAUUAUCGAUUUAGUUUAUUAUCAUAUGUGUUUAAAAGGUUAUCAAGAUAUAAAUCUGUUUACAAAACAACGUGGCAAAACUUCACAAAGUGAUCAGCUAUUGGAUCAAUUAAUACGAUGCAUUGUAGCCAAGGGUAAACAAUUUGAAAAUAAAUUUAAGCCAAGAUUUGAAAAUCGUCAUGGAUUAUUGCUGAAGACACCGGAGAAAGCUCAACUGGAUUAUAUGGAGACAUUGGAUAAUAUAUGGUCAGAUAAGCUAAUCAAUUGGGGAAGAUUUUUAAGUUAUGUAACAUUUGUCGCUAGCUAUUGUAUCGGUUGUUUGGAUAUUGGUAUGGUGUAUAUUAUUAAAUUGUUAGUGGAAUAUGCUAUCAAAGAUUUGGACAGGAAAAUCAGUCAUUGGAUUAGAACACUCGGUGGAGGUUGGCGUGGAUUAUAUCAUGCUUUGAAUACAAUGAAGUUAGAUUGAAUUUUCGCUAGCUUAAUUAUUAAUAUGUGU